AGCAGAGCGCGUGCAGAAACUGGGAGAGAGAGAACUGAGUUUCACACGCUCUGAACUGUGGAGAGAUAGAGAGAGAGAGAGAGAGAGAGAGAGAGAGAGAAUUUACUGACUCCAUCACUCUAUCAUUUUAUUACUCCAUCAGUCCAGCACUCCAUUAGUCCACCCAUGGGAACUGAUAAAGAGUCUGAGACGGAAGCGCGCGCAGUGAUGGAGAAAGAAGAAGUGACGCAGGAGGAGGAGAGCGGAGGAGAGCGCGCGGACGACAGGAACUUGUUGAACACGUACACCUGGCACACGGGGGGCGCGCGCGGCGAUCCGUCUGAGAGAAACACGGGCAGUAAGUGGGGGAAGAUGCAGAACUGGAGGAAAGCGCUGAGCGAGGACGCACCUGAAAAAUCACCUGCACCGGGGGCACGAGCGGGGGACGGAACCCCCAAACCCACCGGCGCGAGGAAGAACCCGUUUCGCAGAGCUCUGUCAGAACCUCCCGGCUCGCUUCUUUCCUCCAUCCUUUCCCCUUCAUCAUCAUCACCCUCACCUGCGGAGACCGGCGUGGCCGCAGACUCGGUGCAGGGCGGCAAAUUCCGCAAAUACCUGCGCCAUGUAUCUCAAAGACUGAAGAGACCGCGCGCGCAAAACCGGAACAACACCAGCAGCGUUCAACAGCAGCAGCAGCGCGAGGAUCUGCCAUGCGCAGACCCUGCAGAUUCAGUUCAGUUCUCUUGGGCUCCUCAGGAUGUCCCAGUGUGGGACAUCAACAACUGCAUCCUCCAGGAUGGACAGAUCUUCAUCUCUCGAGAGGAGGAGCCAUUGUUACGGAUGAGAAAUCGAGCGAGCAGCUGUCUGUCAUCUCUCAGUUUGCACAACCUCACUGAGAGUCACCCCAACCUCGAGUGCACUCCAGAUCAUGUGUCUGUGGCUGGAGCCCCAAAGCCAAAAACUCAGGAUGGUGGUGUGAGAAUGAAGAUAAAACGACGUUUGCAGGGUGGAGCUCACAGGAAACUGAGUAACACACAACUGAACAUUGUUGGACUGACUCCUGCAGCACGGUUCGGUUCACGAGAUUCUCUCUUGGUUCCACUAAGUGCAGCUGAAAGUCUGGAUGUGAGUUCAGACUGUACCACUGUGAUCCGACCGGUGCACAGCUCCAUCCUCGGAGAGAAGUACUGCUUUGAAGUGAUUAACUCAGACAGUAACCACUGCUUUGGCUGCAGCUCGGCUGCUGAGAGGGACCGCUGGAUUGAGAACCUGCGCCGUGCUGCUCGGCCCAAUAAAGAUAACUGUGAGCGUACGGAGAACUUUCUGAGCCUGUGGGUGAACGAAGCUAAAGAUCUCCCUCCAAAAAAGCGGUAUUACUGUGAGAUUUAUCUGGACGGAACUUUGUUUGCUCGCACCAGCAGUCGCAGCGUGGAUAAAUCAUCAUCAGGGCCUGGGAAUGACGGAGGGUCAAGCAAUGUGGGCGUGUCUUCUGGAGGAAGUGGAAGUGCAGGGGGGUGCCAGCUGUUUUGGGGCGAGCUGUUUGAGCUUGAUAACCUCCCACCUGUCACACAGAUUACACUGCAUCUCUUCCGUGAUGAUGAGCCCAAGAAGAAGCGCCACUCGAAGGAUGAGAGCAUUUCUUACCCUCUGGGCAGCGUGGCUUUGUCUCUGGCCAACAUUAAAGGACGAGUGUUUCAGGAAAAAUGGUAUCCCAUCAUACCCUACAAACCCCCUGGUACAGGUGGAGCGAAAGAGCAGCUUGGGCCGCAGGCAUGUCUCCGGGUAAAGUCACGUUUUCAGAACCUGCAGGUGCUGCCGAUCGAGAGAUAUAAGGAGUUUGCAGAGUAUGUGACACUGGGGUACAUGGAGAUGUGCAGCAAUCUGGAGCCUUUGCUGAAUGUCAGGGACAAAGAGGAGCUGGCUGGAGCGCUCGUCCAUGUUCUACAAAGCAUUGGAAAGGCCAAGGAGUUCCUCAUCGAGCUGGGUGGUGCUGAAGUCCAGCGCUCGGGCGAGAAUGAGGCUCUAAUCUUCAGAGAAAACACUUUGGCCACCAAAGCCAUAGACGAGUACAUGAAGCUAGUGGGGCAGAAAUAUCUCCUCGAUACUCUUGGAGAUUUCAUCACUCGACUUUACACUUCCUCAGAAAGCUGUGAAGUCGAUCCACAGAAGUGUUCCUCAUCUGAGCUUCUCAAUAAUAAGCGCCACCUGAAGGAGACAUGUAGUGAAGUAGUGCAGCAGAUCACUGAGACUCACAGCUCUUUUCCAGUGGAGCUUAAUGAGAUUUUCUCCAGUUGGAUGUCCGAUUGUGAGGAACGUGGACGAGCAGAUAUCGGGUACCGUCUCAUUUCAGCAUCUUUGUUCCUUCGGUUCCUAUGUCCAGCCAUCCUCAGUCCCUCUUUGUUUGGACUGACCCAACCAUACCCAGAACCCAACACACUCCGGACUCUGACUCUCACAGCUAAAGUGCUGCAGAACCUUGCUAACUUCACACCGUUUGGAGAGAAAGAAGAGUACAUGCUUUUCAUGAAUGAGUUCCUGGAAGAACAUUGGAAUGAUAUGAAGACUUUUCUGCAGAAAGUAUCAAACCCUGACAGUGAAUUAGAGAUGGCUCGGUUUGAUGGCUAUGUGGAUCUUCCUUUACGCCUCGCUGUGCUUCACAGCCUGCUGGUGAACAUCAUCUCGACAAUGAACCCGGAAAAGUUAAACAGUCUGCAGCCGCUUCCAUCCAUCCUGAACCAGAUCACAGAUCACCUUGGCCCAGACGUUCCCCGGAUCUCAUGCAGCGGUUACAUUUGUGAACCAGUCAAGCCCACCUGUGUUCUUCCCCGAGAACUCAAUAAGUACAGCCCACUGAACAAGUCCCUGCAGCUCCUGCCCACAGACCCACGGCCACCACACACCAAGGACAAACACCGGAAGCAGGUGACAAGGACGCAGAGUGUUCCCGCCUCUGACAGACAUCAUCGCCAUUUUCUGAAGAGAACAACCAGCACCACAGAAAUACCUGAGACUCCUGACAGCCACCCAAAUAAUGAAAAUUCCCCCAUUCACAUCUCCUCACCAGACAGUCAGUCUGUUAAACCUCCACCUGCUCCUGUUCCCUGGAUCAAAGAGCAGAAUCAGACCAAACAUGUUCAGGAAGAGACAAGUCUCCUGGAUAAGCAUGCUAUGGAGCUGUGUGAACUGCGUUUAGGGGUGGAUCAGGUGACAGAGCGUGAGUUGGAGAUGGCGAAGCGUCUGGAGGAUUUUAUUAUCAUAAGUCAGGAGCAGCAGGCGCAGCUGCAGGCCGAACUGCAGGAACUGCACAGUAUGUUAGCGCUGAAAGAGGAGCAGCUUGCCAGCACCACCUUCAGACUGGAUGUGAUUGAGGAGGAGCGUGAGGAAGAUGAGAGGAAGCUGAGUGUCGCUUUGGCAGCAGCUGAACGCAUGAAUGUGUUGGAAGAGCAGUUUGCAGUUCUGUUAAAGGACAUGCAGCGAGUAAAUACAGUGCAUGGUGGUAACCAAAAUAUGUCCAACAUCAACACUUAACACUGAGACAGUGAGACAGUGAGACAGAGAGUAAUACAGUGAGACAGAGAGCGAGACAGUGAGACAGAGAGUGAGGCAGAGUGAGCUCAUUGUGUAUGAUAUCAUUGUAUGUGGUUAAUAGUUUUUACCCAAACUCCUGGACCUGUAGUGUAGUUGUGUUAGUCUAUGUGUGUUAAUUUGUUAGUGUUCAGGGUUGUGUGUUUAAUAAAAGAAAUGUAAAGUGUGUGAAUAAAAAACUUGGUUUGAAUUGUAAGGUAAAGACUGAGGUUUUAUGUCUCACAUUUGUACAAUGCCAUUUCUUGUGUGUGAGUUCUGAAGUUCCACUUUAUCAACUCCAUGAUGAUGUCAAAUCUUUAUCCUGAUUGUUUGGAAGUUCGGCUGUUGACCACCUUGGAUUUUUAUUAUUCUCACACAUUCAAAUUUGUUACUUCCAAACACUUCUUGUUGUUUUGAUUCUAUAAAGUGAUAUUGAUUCAAUAAAGUUAUACACCAUAUAUGUAAUCCUGA